CCCCUGUUCUAUAAAAAGGGAACUUCUGUGCAGUCUGGAACUCAAGUCCAGGGGAUCAGGACGGAUGAGAACGCACAGCUACCCGCGUCUCCUAGCCAAGGCCGAAGACGGUUACCGCGCCACCACGGUUCGGGAUGAAAACCAUUAAGGCACUUAAAAAUGCCGUCAUCUGUCUUAUUUUACUACCUCGCUUCUUGGUGGCUGCGAUCAUGCUCUGGCUCCUCGAUUUUCUGUGCGUAAGGAAAAUGUUGUUCAAGACGCAUGAGAGCGAAGGGAGCGCAGAUGAUCCGCCUCUGUGUCUCUCCGAUUCUAAUCGGAUGUUCAGUUUGGAGUCGCUGAAAGCAGUCUGGCACGGACACAGAUUGGACUUCUUUAAAUCGGCGCACCUGGGGCAUGGCGCGCCAAACACCGAAGUUGUGCGUCUUGGAGACCGCAAACUCGGUCGGAUUCUUGACUAUGCGAAAGGCAAGAGACCACUUAUUCUAAACUUCGGCAGCUGUUCCUGACCGCCGUUUAUGACUCGCUUGAAGGCGUUCCAGCGUGUUAUCACCCAAUACGCUGAUAUUGCAGACUCUGUGCUCGUGUAUAUUGAGGAGGCGCAUCCGUCGGAUGGAUGGAUCAGCUCCGAUGCGCCAUACCAAAUCCCCCAACACCGAUGUAUUGAUGACAGGCUAAAGGCGGCAGAGCUGAUGAACCAAGAAGUGUCGCGCUGUCUCGUGGUCGCAGACAGCAUGGAUAAUUCGUCAAACGCUGCGUACGGAGCUUAUUUCGACAGACUUUAUAUUCUUCAGGAUGGCAAGGUUGUGUACCAAGGUGGCCGGGGACCAGAGGGAUAUCGAAUAUCCGAGUUGAGGAACUGGCUUGAUCAGUACAGACAUGGGGUUGAAAAUUCAAAAAAUGUUGUCAUUCAUGUCUAAUUUUGUUUUCUUGUGUCUCAUUCGUUUAGGGAAUAAAUUAACCAAGGGCGUUAUAUCGCCAUUGCGCAA